AUGUCAUCGCCAUCCAAUGCGGCCAAAGCAGAAGCCGCGACCCAGGACAACGCCACAUUUGUUGGCAAGGAGGAGAAGCCGAAAAUGGAGAGCCCUUCUCAGGAAAAGGCGGGCGCUCGGGUGAAGAUCCAAUCUGUUGGAAUGGUGGAACCGGAGGCGUUUUCUCGCAUCCGCGAAGUGGCCACCGAAAUCUCCACAAAGGCCUACCAGAUCUCGGACUCCCUCUUUUCUCACAUGCUCCAUGCAGAGGCCCUCGGUCCUCCACGAGUCAAGGCCUCGGCUUCAGCAGUGGCAGCACGUCGCCGUGCGCUUGGCUUGGUGGACGUGCUGGUGGUGAGCGUCACAUCGUUGGCCGCCUCAGAAGGCGCUGGCUUUUGGCAGCCGCUGUGGAGUGUGGAUGCCAGUGUGUUCGAGGAGACAGUGGGCGGCCACAACUCACGCGUCAACUUUGGAGUGUUGGUUGUGGUCUCUCUUGGUUAUCUCUCCUUGCUGCACUGCUCGUCAAGGCUUAUGGAGGCUCGUUUGCCGGUCAAGCAAACCAUCUUUGAAGCGCUCAUGGUCUACAACAUGACGCAGAUGCUCCUGAAUACGUAUGUAUGUGGGAACCUACUGCGCGAAGCCUGGCAGCCUAUCAGCAGUGAGUUCAAGUCUCGUCGCAGAAGUGGGGGUAUCUUUGUCUUUGUGGUUGCAAGCUCUGUCGGAGCUUCUCAAGUCGUAGUGUCUUUUUCAGAGGCAGUAGAAUGGGUAGCUGGGGUUACGUGCAGACCUUACGUCUUGAGAAAAACUAAUAUCUAA